AUGGAAACUAAUGGACUUGCGGAUGACAUUGUAAAGUCCAUCAUGACUCCAGGUUAUACUGCAAAAGGAGUCAUCAAGAUCAUGUUUUAUACUUUCUAUGUACUCUUCGCUACUUUACUCUUUAUGAUUGUCAUCACUGGAGGAAACCCACACGUGAUUGCACUAUUGCUACUUGCCAUCUGUCUGUUUGUGACAAUAAGAUGGUUCAUUGGUGAGCUUGAACGUGCAAAAAGACAAGAACAACAACAAAAAGAAGAGUAG